CCUUGCCCAUGCUUGCCGGCUUGGACCCUGCUCUUGGCGCCUGUCAUCGCCCAAUAAUUCGAGCGACGGCUGGUGGGUGAAGAAUAUCAGAAACACACAGUUGAGCUUGUGCCGGUCAUACUGCAGUCCCAUGGCUGACGACAUGUUUGCGCCGCCCGUGAACCGCGCCAUGAAGGUGCUGGACCGCAGCUUCUUCCAGAAAACGGUCCCCGCAUCUGCGGCGAGAAUCUUCAAGCCGCAGGACAUUGCGCGCUGCCGCAAGGAGCUGCAGCUCAGCAACGACACGCUCCCCAACAACCGCAUACAGCCGGUCCGGCCAGACCCCGACGCCGAACGGGCGCAGAAGGGCGGCAAGUGCCUCGUCCUGAAGCCUGAUAUUGUGCACAACGAUCGUACCACAUGGAGCCCUAAGCUGCGCGACCUCGAGCAGGACGGCACGCUCGGCGUGCUACCCUACCAGCUGCACCUCGACUACGACUACUUCAGCUACGCGGAGAUCACGAGCGCGACCAUACCCCCGCCCGAGAAGAAGAACGACGACGAGAUACCCCAGGGCUUCACGCUGGCCGGCCAUGUCGCCCACCUCAAUCUGCGCGAGCGCUACUGGCCGUACAAGCACCUCAUUGCGACGGUGCUCGCCGACAAAAACCCCAUGGUGAAGACGGUCAUCAACAAGCUGGACAACGUCGGCAGCGAGAACGCCUUCCGCACGUUCCAGUACGAGGUCCUCGUUGGCGAAGACGACCUCAACGUCGAAGUCCACGAGCAGGGCUGCACCUUCAAGUUCGACUUUGCCAAAGUCUACUGGAACACGCGCCUGCACACCGAGCACGAGCGGAUCUGCUCCAUCUUCCAGGAGGGCGAGGCAGUCUGCGACGUCACCGCCGGCGUGGGUCCUUUUGCCGUGCCGGCAGGCAAGAAGCGCUGCUUCGUGUGGGCCAACGACCUGAACCCCGACAGCUUCAAGAGCCUGGCGCACAACAUCACGCUCAACAAGGUCGGCGACUACGUGCGCGCCUUCAACAGCGACGGCACCGACUUCAUCCGCACCGCGUCGCACGAGCUCCUCACAACCGAGCACGCCGUCGACAUCAUGCCCAAGACCAAGUUCUCGCGCUCCAACCCGCCCAAGACCAAACCCGCGCCCCUCAAAACCCUCACGCAGCCGCGCCUCUUCAGCCACUACGUCAUGAACCUGCCCGCGUCGGGCAUAAACUUCGUCUCGAGCUUCGUGGGCCUGUACGCCAACGUGCCCGGUGUGCCCGUUGCCGACAUCCGCAAGCUGUUCGAGACCCGCGACUUGCCCAUGGUACACGUGCACUGCUUCAGCACCAAGAGCGACGACAACGUCAGGGAGAAGGAGGAGAUCUGCGAGGAGCUGUCGCGGCAGAUGGGAUAUACGCUCACGCCUGACAUGCCCGGUGUAGACAUCUAUGAUGUCAGGGAUGUGGCACCGAAGAAGCGCAUGUUCUGCGCUACCUUCAGGCUGCCGGAGGAGGUCGCUUUCCGGCAGGUGUGAGCGAGCAGGCGCUCUGGGGGAGGUGAGGUAUAGACAAAAGGUCGGCGUUUAUUCUCAAGAGCGGUAUUGGAUACCCAUAAAGGCCUGUUAAUGCAUCUACUUUGAACCACCU